UCUUUGGGCUCCAUUCUCUCGCUUGUUCAGCCAUGAAUGGUACCAAUUUCCAGCUACUGCCAGAAUCUUUUGUUUUUAACAUCUGCACCGUAAAGCCUUGAAAAUCCAAUUCUCCAGUUUUGCUUCGGGGAUACAGUUCAAACCCAGCUAGAAGCAGGAAUCAGUGGUCAUACACACUGGGGAGAAACUUGCAGAGAGGAGAUGUCGGAAAUUUUAAACCGAAAACACGUGGGCAGUAGGAAACUUCCCCUUUUUCGUUAAAAUUGCAUUUUUGUUUUUUUUUCCGUUGCAAUACAGAAAUGUACAAUCAUAAGAAUGCAGGAAGGACAUUCGGCCCGCAGGUGGGGUUUGUACUGGCUCUCUGCUUCCUCCUGAAACUAUCGUCACUCCCUUGAAAAUAUUUUUUUUGGUAAUUUUGUUUAGAUAAAAGUUAUCGGUGGAGGAACAAAGCCCAGCUUUCAACUGGAUGGAUUUUAAUGCUGCUUUUAAAACUUAAGCACAACCAUGCUUUAAGCAGAAAAUACUACAUGGCAGCAAGUGGGCUAUUCGCAGGGGAGUGGGGUGAGUUUUAUAUUAGUCCUACUGGUUUUCUUCCCAAAGUGAAGUAAUUCUGUCUCUCUGCACACGUAUUGCCCCCUCUGAAUCCUGACUGUUGAAAUGAACUGGUUAUUCUAAUCCCUGGAUAGCUUGGAAGGGGAGGGGGAGUGAGAGACUGGCUGCGAGACUGGGCUACAAAGCACAAAGCCCCGUUUGUAGCUGUGUCUUCGUAAACCAAGCCACAGCGAGAGGUUAUAACAGCGAGUUCAUAACUAGACGACUCAGCUACCGACUCGCAUCCCUUCAGAAAGGCUGUGUGAAGAAUGAAGAGAUUCAUUGUUCUAAUGAUCCUGAGCUUCUUGCUUGCUACCCAAGCCAUGCCUUCUAAUCGUAUGUCGUGCUACAAAAAGAUGCUAAGAGGUCGAAGCUGCCAUAAUAUCCCCCAAGGGACUGAUCACUUGCGACCCAUUGACCAGGGUCUGGUGGAUCACUUCUGGGAUGGAGAUAGCUGCGAGGUCGUCUGCUACUGCAGCUUUCGAGAGUUGCUCUGCUGCCCCAAGGACAUUUUCUUUGGACCAAAGAUUUCCUUUGUGAUUCCUUGCAACUCCCAAAAAAAGGAAAUUUAACAGCAGAGGGGAAAUAGUUUACCACCUGGAGUCAGAUGGAGAAUAAAGUGCUUUCAUGUAUAUAUAAUUUUUUCUUAAACAUUUGUAAAAAUGUAACCAAUGCCAUACAAUAUAAAGGAUGCUACUUUCCAUGACUUUCUACAUCUGUUGAUUAACAAAAUAAUACAAUGUAAAUGAAAAUAUACACAUUUGCAUCAUCUUUCUUUCAGUUAACCUGAAUCCAGUCUUUGUCUACCCUUUUAAAGACCAAAAUAUUUUACAUGCUUGCUUUAUAGAAGUACAAUUUUUCCACUGAAAACACAUGUUUUUAAAAAGACUUUAUCCAAAUGAAUUACACAGAACCAUAGAAAUUUACAGCACAGAAGAUGUUCACAUGGCCAAUCAUGUCCACACAGGCAACAAAUGUACAUAGGCUAUUCCCAGCUCUUAGACCAUAUGGUACAGUUUUGCAAGUACUCAACCAGAUACCGUUCCAAAGAAAAUUAUAUUGGUGGGGUUUUGGCCUCUCCAAACUUUACAGUCAGCAAGUUCCAGAUGGCUCAUCAUUCUAAAAGGUGAAAAAUUUCUUUCUUCUACUUCCCUCAAACUCUUCUGCCAAUUGCUGCAAAUCGAUAUUCCCAAGCUAAUGAUCUCUCUGCUCAUGAGAGUAAAUCUUUCUGCAACCUAGCUAGGCUUCAGAUAUAUUUAUUCACCAGUAUUACUUUUGUUCUAAUGUUGCACACACUACCAUUAGCAUCAAGUAAUUAUUUGAAUGCUAAACCUAAGUGAUCUAUAUAAGUUCUGAAUUUAAAUGUUUUAAAUGCAGCCUUCAGGCAUAAACCUAGGAAACCAUUUAUCC